GUGAACCGGCGACAAACUGCGCAUGUGCAGUACCGCCAUCUUGGAAACUUCAAUUUUUUGCCUGUCACGGAAAAUCGUCCGAAAACUUCGUGUUUUUCUCUGUUUCCUACAGACUGUUUUAUAGGAGGCACGAUGCCGAUCAUAGCGCCGAACAUAGACAAGGUGGUGGUGCACCCGCUGGUGUUACUGAGCGUGGUGGACCACUUUAACAGGAUGAGUAAGAUCGGGAACUACCGGCGCGUGGUCGGAGUGCUGCUCGGAUCGUGGAAAGGCAAAACCACGUUAGACAUCUCCAACAGUUUCGCAGUUCCAUUUGAUGAAGAUGAGAAGGAGCAGAGUGUGUGGUUCCUGGACCAUGACUUCCUGGAGAACAUGUAUGCCAUGUUUAAGAAGGUCAAUGCUCGAGAGAGAAUAGUAGGCUGGUACCACACAGGACCCAAACUUCAUGUUAAUGACAUCGCAAUCAAUGACCUUAUGAGAAGAUACUGCUCUGCUUCGGUACUGGUUAUAAUCGAUGCUAAGCCAAAGGACCUGGGUCUACCCACAGAAGCCUACAUUGAAGUAGAGGAAGUUCAUGAUGACGGCACACCAACAUCGAAGACGUUUGAGCACGUCCCCAGCGAGAUCGGAGCAGAGGAAGCAGAAGAGGUUGGAGUGGAACACUUACUUAGGGAUAUCAAGGACACCACAGUCGGCACCCUGUCCCAGAGGAUCACUAACCAGCUGAUGGGUCUGAAGGGGCUGCACUCCAGAAUACAGGACAUCCGCACCUACCUGGACGAUGUAGCCGAAGGGAAGUUACCUGUGAACCACCAGAUUGUUUACCAGCUUCAAGACAUCUUCAACCUGCUUCCUGAUGUCAACCUGCAGGACUUUGUCAAGGCGUUCUACCUGAAGACGAAUGACCAGAUGCUUGUGGUGUACCUGGCCUCUAUGAUCAGGUCCAUCAUUGCUCUGCACAACCUCAUCAACAACCAGCUGGCCAACAGGGACGCAGAGAAGGAGGGAACCAAAGAGAAGAAGGACGACAAGAAGGACGACAAGGAUAAGGACAAGGAUAAGGACAAGAAAGACGACAAGUCUGAGAAAGACAAGGAUAAAGAAGAGAAGAGUAAAGACAAGUCAGAUGCAGGGAAGAAGAAGUGAUGCUGAUAGAUAUUUUGUUCUGUUUCAUAGAAUUGUUAUUAAUGCCACUGGUCACUUUAUUAAAAAUAGAAAGAUUCCAAAAUUUUGAAUCCCUUCCCUAUUUGUCACAG